AUGGAUGAUGACAAUACGAGCCAGACCGAGCCAGGCCGAGCCACGCAGGGCCAGACCGAGCCAGGCUGGGCCACGCAGAGCCAGGCCGAGACACGCAGAUCCAGGGCGAGACAAGCAGAGCCAGAACGAGACACCGAGCCACGCAGCCAGACCAAGCCACGCAGAGCCAUACCAAGCCAGGCCAAGACACGCAGAGCCAUACCGAGCCAGCCUGGGCCACGCAGAGCCAUACCAAGACACCCAGAGCCAGACCGAGCCAUCCCGAGACAUGCAGAGCCAGACCGAGCCAUCCCGAGACAUAAAGAGCCAGACCGAGCCACCCAGAGCCACGCAGAGCCAUACCGAGCCAGACUGGGCCACGCAGAGCCAUACCAAGACACGCAGAGCCAGACCUGA